AAAAAAAAAAAAAAAAAAAUCCAAAUCCAUGGCCAAGAAAGAGGCAAGGAAAGUUAUCAACAGUCAAAUUUCCAGGGAAAAUUAUAACAACAAUGGUGUUAUUAUCACUGUAUAUAUAGAAUUACCAAGAAGGCGUCCGAAUAAAAAAAUGGCUAUGUCCAAUCCAUCAUCCAAAAGAAUACGAUGUGACAAUCGCCGGGCUGAGCUUCUAGCCUAUGCCCGCGAGUUAAGGGACAGUAGUUCUCAUAAACAAGAAUGGCAGCCCAGAAGGAACUCAUCCAGGCCUAAAUCUGAAAAACAGAAAUGGAAAUGGUUGAGUGCCCAAGAAAAGAUUCAAACAUCUCUUGAGAGGAUUUUUCGAAGAAAGCAAAGGCAAUGUGGGUAUGAGAGAAUUGCAACAGAAGAGUAUGGCGGAGAUGAUGAAUUUCAUAAUAAAAGGAAGGCGGCUUCAAGAGGCAAAAGUGCUUCUAGCUUCUGUAGGAAAUUGAAGCGUGUGCUUAAGGAAUUAUCAUGUGGGUUGCAGUGCAGCAAAAGGAUAUAAAAGUUAAUAGGCUGCUGCUUGAUCAUGCACCAAACUAAUUUUAAUUCUGUAAUUAGAUACAGUUUCCUUGUAGAAAAGUUAGGAAUCUUUUUUUCAGAAGUGCUAAUUGACUUAAACAGUCGCAUUCUGUUGAUCCACAAUUUCUGGAUCUUGAGCUUAAAUUUGGAGCAAUUUGAUACUCUCA